CUAGCCCUAAUGCAGGUGCAUUUUGUAUUUUUGCCCCCAGAGGGGUGCAUCUCAGGAAAUAUUGGGGGUAGGGCAGAGGUAAAACAUAUCAAUCAAUCAAUCAAUCAAUCAAUCAAGCUUUAUUUUAUAUAGCGCCUUUCAUAGUGGCCCACCAUGGAUACAAACUGGCUGCUGCAUAGCAGUUCAAAACAUUGACAAGCUAAAUUAAUAUAGGAUUAAACGCUCAUACCACCCAGCAGCCCGCUCCACACAUAAAGAAAAGUGACAGUCUGGUUAUGGGGGUUAUUUCUGUCUGUAAAUAUUAAUGAGGUCUGAUGCUGUCUUGUCUUUCAGAAGCACAUUUGCGCCGGGUUUUAAUCAUUCUCAAUGUUGUUAUAUUUGUUGAUUAUUGUUUUAAAAUGUUUACGAUGAAGGCAACGUUGAUGUACAAUUUGUUGUGUGCUUACUUUAAAAAAAUAUAUAUAUAUGUUUGUUAUCUUUUUAAAAAAAAAACGUAUUUUUGUGGGGUUUUUUUUAUUGCUCACAAACUUCAGUCCAGGUCUUGUGUGCUCUUGACUGCCUCUCUGCAUUCUGAAGUAAAUCGCUCCAGAUCCACCGUCAUCGCGGUUUUAUUCUAAAACUAAAUCACAAAGACGGUAGGCAGCUUUUAAAUACUGGAGCGCCGUACGAGGCGCUUGAACUAAAUCGAGCUGUGGCAUAUCCCGGCUGGAUGCUGAUAUUAUAAAUAAAGUAAAGGAAAUGCACUGAGCUCCUUCCAACAGCAACUGAUUGUCGCUAACACAAUAAUUCCAUAAAACCUGUUGCGCUCUUCCGUCCGCUACAUCCAGUGUGCAGUUUUGAAAGAAACACAUUUUUCUCUAUUUCUCUACAACAGCAAAUUGCAGACCUACUGCCUGGGUCACUCUGUUAAACCUCAAGAGACAGGAAGGUUGCCAAAGGAGGCAAGGAACUGGUGAAGCAAGCAAGCAACCAUGUGGCAUAAAUAAUGAGUCUGAACAAAUACUUCAGAAUACCUGAUUAAAAUCAAGCUAUUGUGUCCCAGUUUAUAGUCUUUUAAAGAACCGGUCGUCAUAGAAACAUGGUUAGUUUUCCAAGCAAUUUCAAGCAGCGGGAUUUGUGUAAUUGCUUGUGUCAAUCAGGUAUGAGAGUGUGUGUGUGUGGAUAUUAAUUGAGAGUUUGAAAUUACAGAGGAAUAAUGAACUGCGGACAGGACAGAGGAAAUAAGUGGGGAGCCCAUCAGCUAGCAAAACCACUCCAACUCUGCCAUCGCUGCUCUCAUUAACACCUAAUUAUCUGAGCUAUUAUAAGUUAACUAAUAGGACCAGCCCUUAGCCUCACACUCACAUUCUGUGCAGCACACAUUGGAAACCAUGUAGGUUACCUGCGUACACAGGUGUGCAAGAUAUAGAUACUGCUAUCAAACUUUCCAGCGUUAUCGACACCUGAUCUUUUGACUUCUCGCUGAACCAGUUUAUCCGGUUUUGAUGAACCUGCCCAUGCAUGUUUUUUCUAUCAGAUUAUUUUCCACAUGCUCUGGAUCUAGGGUAUAGUGACCUACCAUUAGAAUGCUGAUGUCACAGGGUAGAGGCUGGCUGGGAUUUGGGGACCGCCCCCACUGCAUUGCCUUAACCGCUGUACAAAACCAGGCUCAUUUGCAGGGGUGGUUCUAGAGUCUCGUCUCAGCUGACUGGGGUUAGAAUCCAUAACGGCAGUGCAUCACACAAACACCUGCAACGUGAAGUACAUAUAUCUAUACUGUCUGCUGUAAACGACCACAUUAAAGCAAAUGACGAAGCAGCUGUGAACCAACAGUGGCCAAUUUGGAAUCCCUCAAGCCUUAAUGGAAUCAUUGGCAAAUAAACAACUCAAGCAGUUAGAUCAGCCCUUGGUGGAGGAAUGCACUUUUUACAGCACUGCUAACAGGGAGUCGCUGUGGAAUUUUAAAACGUUUGUUUAAGAUAAUUGCUCCAUUUGUAUGGCAUCUGUGUUUGUACAAGGCGAGGUGGUGUGGGUUUAUCUCAUUGUGCACAUCUCAGAUUAGUUUACUGCACCAAUCAAAUAGCCGUUCCCUAAAUGUUUAGACCUAAGAGACAGCCUUGGAGUUGGUAGAGUAUACAGUAACCACUUGAGUGACUCUGCUGGAUUAUUUCCAGAGGAUUGUCAGCUAAUGAGAUGAUAGUACAUUAACUGUUGUGUUUUUUUUUAAUGCCUUGGCUACGCUACGAGAUACACGUUUCUACCAAGCAGAAAGACAGCUGGCCUCAAAGCUUGGAUCUGGAUUCACGGUUCUGUAUACACUGCAGUACAGGUCACAUUCCUGAUAAAUUAGGAAAUGUUCCCCAGACGACCCCCUUGCCCCCUCCUGGCUUGUGCGUGCCAGCAGUGACCCUGCACAGGUUCAGUAAUCUCCAGGACAAUCCGAUCGUGUCAAAUCAGAAGCGCAGAGCAAUCCCAUCGAGAGAGGGGGGCUGUGUUAUGCAACGGCUUCUAUUCCUGUGCGUGUGUGUUUACUGAAAUAAAGAAUGAGACUUUGGAACAGCCGGGAUAGUAAAAUAAUACCCUGGGGAAUUCAUCUCCUGUUUCUCUGAAUUUCCUUAAAGAGUUGCUGCAAAUGUGCUUUGACUUGCGCCUGCCAUAGACACAUGUUACAUAGGCUAGAUCAGACAGGGGCUCUAUAAAAGUAAGAGACAGCGCCAUCUAGUGAUCUGCCAUGUUGGAACUAAUUUCAUUUUUGUUUUAUUGGAAAUACACCCUUUGUGCACUAGAGGGCGCUGGCACUUGCUAAUAGGAGGAGAUGAAACACAUUAUACAGCACCAGAGGAAUUAGACUAGUCUUUCUUAGCCUGCCCAGUACUUCCUGACCCUUAACCGAUAUCACAGGCCAGGUCUUCUGUGUGUUUGAUUGCACAGCAUCUGUUGUGAGCUUGGAUGAGCUGUAAUGGCUAUUGCAUAUGGAUACUACUGGUUUGCAUGGGUAUAGCAAUUGGGUGGCACUCGUUCAACGACAGGCCCUUAAAGGGUAGCACUGUAACUCUCUGAACAUCUUUACUAAACAUCUGAUGCGUUUUGAUAUUUACCUCUUACUAUCGGAUUUGAGCCCAACCAGUGAGAGGUCAGAACUCAGAGCUGAGCAACCGUUUUGACUAAAAGGACCCUGACAAGGUGACCCAGGAAUUCUUACAAUACAGUUAAACUACACCACACACAGCUUCAGCAUUCGUGUUCUAGUGAAACAGGGUGCAUGUUUAAACCCAGCAUCAUGUUGUUUUUGCAAAAAAACUAGAGUCCGUCGCUGGGGUUUUAUUUUUGUGUUCUAACCUCAAGUGUUGCGCAUGCUUUAAAAAAACAAUGAGUUACAAAAACAAAUAUGGACAGGAGUAAUCAGAUCAGUGCUUCAGCUCAGAGCUCACGUGGGGGACACAGCGUCAGUGUGGGAUUAAAGCAGGGACUUGAUUGAAGGUACAUGCAGAGAGAGAGAGAGUGUGGGAGGGAGAGAACGGAAAACAGUGAGGUACUUUGAGUGAGAAAAGAGCGGACACAGAUCAGGGGGAUACGUUGAGAAAGGACGGAGGGAAGCAGUGGAGAAACUGAAUGAGAAAGAGAGAGAAGGAGGAGAAGGGCACCGAAGUAAGAGGAGACUGAGAAAAUGAAUGAGAGAAAUGAAAUAUUCAUUUAGAUCCUUUGUUGAAAAUGUUAUUUCUCUUUUUUUUUUAAACUUAGUGCUGCAUCCUGCAGCUUUGUCAAUGCUAGGUGAGUCGUGGUGAUAAACUGAAUUCAUUAGAGACAGGAUGGAGGGAGAGAGGAGGGAGGAGAAAACAUACAAUUGAUUCCAGUCUAGCAGUUUUGCUAUCUGGACCAUGUCUUCUCAGCCCAGACAAUCAGAACCGGGAUUUUUAGAAAAGAGCCACCAGAAACUACUGGACCUUAUGGGGCAGAGCCUUCGGAGAGACCAACCCUUCAUUGGAACGAAUAGGCCUAUUGAAGCAGGCGUUACUGGACAGAGGCAUCAGACAAAACCGGGCUUCACUGGACCACACCGUCACAAACAGCAAGGAUCUCCAAGACGGAAGCGUCAGACAGACCUGAAUUUUAACAGACAAAGCGUUCAGACAGAACCGGGCUUCACUGGGCCGAAGUACCAUUCAGUCCGGGAUCAGAUUAGCCGGGUGGUUCUGGAUUUGGAGACAGUUCUGGGGGGACUGAAGCAGGUCCAUCAGGAGAUGAAGGAGCUCGUCCAGCAAAUAGACAAGCUGACCUCCAAGCUUGACCUGACAGGGGAGGAGUCCGGCAAUGGUUACCGUAGCGACACCGUGACCAGCACCAGCAGCUCGAGCGGGGUCGUAGUGUCCAAUAAGGCCGGCGGUCAUCAGCAGCGGACAAAGCCAAAGGUGGCGGCGUCCUUUUCGACAACCAAACAACGUCAAGCAAAGCCUCCACCUGCACCCUUUCCAGUAUUCAGAAUGUCAAACAACUGUGGAGCAGACAGGCCUAUCGUACCCACAAUGGCACCAGCAGUCAGGAGAGACCUUCCGCCAACAGCCACCAGGGAGCGACUGCAGAUGGAAGAACCAGUCUGGCUGCCGAGGCGACAGGGGAACGCGGGGGGCAGAGUCUCCCAUCCUCUCUUGCAGGAGCGGCCAGGCUUCAGGUCCAGCAUUACUGUCUAUCCUGGGAGCUGCUCUGGGAGGCAAAAGCCACCAUUCUGUCCUCCAAACGGAGAGGUUGUCAGGCUUCCCAGUGGCACAGCCUCAGCCCCAGCCAGCCGUUACCAGCUUCCCAGCUCCCUCAUGAAUCAACACUACCCCACCCCACGCAGGAUCACCUCAACUGCAGUGUGAGGGGGGUGAACCACACAGUGGAAACUAUACCAAGCCAGCCCGGCUCGGCUCCUGGCUAGUGGAAACGAGAUAAGAGAGCCUGCCGACUAACGCCCAGGUGGGGAAGGACAGCUGCAGUCACCGCAGGAGACAGAGACGCUGACAUCAGCUGGAGU